AUGCGCCCGCAAAACGAAAGAGCGCCCGAGGGUGGCGUCAAGCGCAAAUGGGUCAAGCGCACGGGCGGUAAACACGCCGCCGCCAAGCGUCCGAGCGUGAAGAAUCAAAUUCGAAGCAUCGAGCGCCUCCUCAAGCGCGAAGGAAUACCGCCGAAACUGCGCGAGGAAAAAGCGCGCGAGCUGGAAAAGCUGCGAGAUGCUGGGAAAGAGAACGCUCGAAUCGAACGGGAGAAGAAACUGUCGACCAAGUAUCACAAGGUGAAGUUUUUCGAGCGGGUAAAGUUGACGCGGCGAAAGGAGCAACUCGAGAAGAAGCGAGACGACGACGGGGCGUUGGGCGCGGAUGAAUUAGACGAAUUGGCGCAAGUGAAGGAAGAUUUAGAGUACGUGAUGAACUUUCCAAGAGGGGAGAAGUAUGUGAGCGUGUUGGUGAAGGAGGGAGAUACAGAACACGCGACGAAGGAACGCGCGAGGCUCCGGAAAUUGGUCAAGGCGAACUUGGCGGCGUCGGCGGCGCUCGGAGACGAGAACGAGGGCGGCGCGGACAUGGCGGCGCAAGGCGAUGCUGCGAUAGAUGCCGAGCAGGACGACUUCUUCUUGAAUGAAUCUGACGAUGGAAACGAUAGUGAUUCGAGUUCGAGUUCGAGUUCGAGUUCGAGUUCGUCGAGUUCGAGUUCGAGUUCGUCGAGUUCGUCGUCUUCAAAGAAAGCUCGCACGCCCGUGCACAUUCCAAAGAAAGAACUUCCAGUGACUAAAGAUCCGAUUUACAUCAAGAAUCACGCUCAAAAACUCGUCGAGCGAAGUGAACGCGCCAAGGCGGAGGCGAGCAAGGAUGGCAACAAGCCACAGCGCACGCGCGCGGAGGGUGGUCGCAAGCGGCGCAAGAAAUGA